UUUGUUCACGUUUUACUCUUGCACCACUCAACCAGUUCAACCGGAUGACACGGUUGACUAUUUUUGCUUUAGCGUGAAAUUUACAAUCAAACAGACCUAGUUUAAUGUAUUAUAGACUUUAGUUGAUAAUUGUUUCAUACUUUUAGGGGUUAGAAGAAUAAUUUUAUCGACGCAUUAAAUUACAUGUUGAAUUUUAAAUCUUCUCGAACUACGCUAUUCACCAGACAUACUCAAAAUUUCACAUUACUUCUUUUGAUUAUUUUAUAGUUAAUACGUAGUUAAUUAUAUAAUGACAAAAACAGUGUACUUUAAUUAUUAUUUUCGAAAUGUUAACACAAACGUAACAUAGAACUAUCAUUUGACACUAUACAUCCUUUUGAACAUAAAUUCAGUGACAAGCGCGGUAAAAUAAAUUUUGUAUUGUUUAAUGCUUAUGAAUAUAAGAAAAAAUGACAUUUCCUCAAGCUGAUCAAGUUGAAUUAAUAGCACUAGCAGAAUUAGCAGGAAUUUCAGCAGUUCCAGGCGUUUAUCGCAUCAUAUUGGAACUUUUAACACUUCAAGUAUCACCAGAGGAUAUUUACAUUCUUUUGAAGCAAAUAUGUCCACAGUCAGCUGAGAAACAAACUAGUAGUAAUGCUGAAGAUGUAGUGGAAACAUCAACUACAACUUAGCAUGCAAAAAUACUCAACCAUUUUUAUAUUUGUAUUUGUUAUUAUUUAAUGGAACAGAUCAAAUUGUAAUGUAAUAAAAUAAUUUUUGUCUAGA